AUGGUGCCGACGGAUUAUCGACUACCUGGACACACCACAGCUACACAAGUCCGAAACUAUCUCCCAGUCCCAGGUCCCUUGAGUGUAAAGAUGUUUGUUAGAUAUCUACUUGCCAUGGCCAUCCUUGGCCUCACACAGGCAGCCUCAGAAAACAACUCAGUGGUCUCUCUUUUCAUCUACGGCGCAGAUCAACAGUCCUUGGUCGGCUCAGUCAUUGAGUCGAGAUCCGAAAUAGCAACCUACAGCAUAAACUGUCCCCCAGGCACCAAUUCCACAGACUGCGGGGUCUCCUCUGGCUUGUUAUAUACCGAAGGCCCAACAACAGUGCAAUGGGAACUUCAAACACCAUACGAUGCCAAUGUGUAUGGUCGUGUGAUCUGUUCCACAGGAGGCACGACAACAGCAGUGUGCACAGAAGUAACGCCAACCAAUGGCUCAACCGCCGUUACCAGCGAAACCACAGCCCUCAACUCCGACCAGAUUACCCUUUUAGCUGUGACAAUCACUGCUAGCGCUAAUACCUCUUCUUCGAAUGCGACCGUCACAGCUAUAACCACUACUACUGCAACAAAUUCCUCGGAUAUGGGCACCUCGACUUCCGCUUCUGGGGAUACAGUUCCGAUUAAUGUACCGAAGGAGUUUUUCUUAGGUGGAUUAGCAGUUGCUUUGAUAGCAAUUGCUCUCUAA